AUGUCUGGCAGCGGUAUCGAAGAGCUGCCUGGUAAUGUUCGGAACCCCAAUCCGCCUUCGUUUGGGCGUCAAUCUUCGGCGCCCGCUCUCGGCCAAUCCGCGGCCCCGAGCUCCUCGUCCUUUGAACCCUCCCCGAGCGCUCCAUACCCGCCGAAUCCCACGUGUAUCGCACCAGAGUCAAAUCAGCACACUGUGAGGUUGCACGACACAGAAGGGACAUUGCACUUGCAUGCCAACGGGCGUCCAUCUCCAGAGCCUGAUGAGUUCUACCGGCAUGGGAGUCAGGUCGCGGCAACGGACAGCCACAUCGGCCUCGACGAUGUGACAGCUGCAACGAUGGCAAUCGGCCAGGGAGACCUGACGGACAGGGUGUCCCCACUACCAACAGAGACUCUAUCUCUGGCUCGCGGGAGACCGCUAGCAUAUCGGUCGACGUCUGAUUCGCCUCUCGCAAGAGGCCUCUCCUCAACGGUACCUGCCUCGUCCUCAGCCAGGGCUCGACAGCCCUCCUUCAAAGAUCUCGUCAACCGUUUCAACAAGACCUCUGACGACAUCCUUCCUCUCCCCUCCGUAUCCCGAACCCCCUCGCGUACAGCAAGUCCAUCGGGCGGCUUCGAAGGCGAUCCUCAAUCCAGAAGCUUGCCUCGCCGGCGUUACACUCGCGGCGAAUCCCCCACCUUGGAGCACAUCCCCAGUGAGACCACGCAGCACAUCGAUUUGGCACGCCCGGCGACCAAGAUAGAAUUGUCUGCCCUCGAUUCAUUCGCUCUUGAUACCGUCGUCGCACCUCCUCCCCUGUCGCAGCGAAUUCCGAAAUCGCAUCCUCGACGGCCGCUCUUUGGGGAACUAUUGUCCGUGAACACACAAUUCAACAACCUGGGCCUAGGGAUUCCACCACACAUUCAACGUCGAGGCUCGGAAGGAAGCCUGCCCAGCCCGAAUCCCGCCUUUUUGGAGCAGUCUCACCUGUUGGAAGCUCGCUCUCCACUGACCCCAACCGCGUGGUAUCGAGGGGAAACAAGCUCUUUAGAGGCCGUGCAGCCUGUGACAAACGGAACAGUCAGCUACCAUCGCAGGGUGCGAAGCGACUUUUCUGCGAACCCUUCAAGAGAGCCCCUUGCUGAUCCGUUCAUGCCGGAAAUGGCCGUCGCGGCGCCCUUACGGCAGACGAAGCCGGGCGAGAAGUCGCCUGGAAGCCCAAAUUCCAGAUCCCGCAUUCCUGUUUCUUCAGCAAGAUUGCCCAGUGCUGCCGGCUCCAGAAGUCACUCUCCUACAUCAAAUUCCACCUUCAGCAAACGGUCCUCCGCCAUACCACUGGCCCCCAAGGGCAGCAGUCGUCUUCCCAAGCCGUCGGGAAUUGACAGCCCGCCGCGCUUGGCGGCCAUGGGACCCGGUUCUUUUGCGACAACGCCGCGUGGUAGACGAGAAACGACGAUCGGCCGAACUCGUACACAAAUACCUGAACAGGGUCAACGCCUCCAGGCAUACAUUGCAGCACCCCCUCCGACGAAGUCGCCACCUUUGCGUAGUUCCCGUCCUCGCCAGCCAGUAUCCCAUGGAGGGCCGACCUCUCCACGCUCCCGGAUUGAAGAUCGGAUCUCGACCUUGCAAAGGCAAACUGGUCGUGAUCACGACUCGAACAGGAGUCCUCGAAUUCGCUCCAGACGUUUCGCGGAGUUAGGCAAUGUUGAUUUUGAGAGUCGCCGACAGCGGAUCCAGCAAGCAUUCACUCGAACGGUGCAGGAAAAUGAACGAAAGGAGGAAGCUGCUGCGCAACUCAGACGCAAGGCUCGGGAUCAAGAACAACAAACAGCAGUUCACGGAGACGACGCAAAUACACCGGUAGACGAGCAAGCCACAACGCCACACGCUCAGGUGGCCGAUCAUACUUCAUUGGAAUUGCCCGAGAUGGCGACGGCAAUAGCAGCACAGAGUCUCAGCGUUUCUGCAGGCGGGGAGCAAGCCACCGUCGUCCCCAAGCUUCGACUGGACACCUCUAUGGACCCCUCGCAAGAAAAUGGUCCACACACGACGAUGGACUCGCCGACGCUAGGAAUUGUGGAUGAACCUUACGAUUCAACGAGAUCACAACAAGGAAGGAAUCGCGAGUACGAUUUGGAGCCGAACUCGGCCAUCUCCGCAACCUCAAGCGGCACGCACGUCACGCAAUUUGAUCCAGAGCCUCAAUUUGGAUUACUCGAACGGAAACCAAGCCUCUCCAAUCGAACGCUGUUGAAUCAAAUUAUGCAGAUUCGCGAGUCAAGCUCGAGCAGCGAAUCUUGUGACGAGCCAGACUGCAGUUUGUCGGAGACGGAUGAAAAAGCGUCAAUACAGAUUAUGCUUCACGAAACCCCUACUUUGCACUCCACUGGCAGCGGUAAUACCGAGGAAGCGUCGUCUGUGCCCUUACAGGCGGGACAAGCCAUGGACCACAUACAGCACCGGUGGAGUAUGAGCUCAUGGGACUCAUCAAUGCAGACUAAUCAGCUUUCCACGUGUGAUGAGCAUUGUGAUGAUAGCGGGGACGACGCGGCCUUCCAAGAUGACCAAGCGGUUGAUGUACUCACACAAUCAUGCUCAGCGACCUCAACAAGCGCGGCGUCUCUUGAUGACCAUGAACAUACAGCAUCUCCGAUCAAUAGCGACAUUGGCAUGAUGGGUCCGGACACUGUCGAGUCUGUCCAGCAGAAGCGUUAUUCUCGGGCAUUCUCCACUGCCCCGAACCUUGUUAAACAAGGACGUUGGGAUUCCCGCCGAGUGACACAAUUGUAUCUUGAAGAAUUGACGCGGGGCGGAUCCAGCCAUCAAGGCAGUAAACCAAAUACCGGCAAUAGCGCGGACAACCAGCGUACUGCAGCCAUUGGGAAUCCAGCCGUUCCUCAUCCUUCUCGGGCUCAUGGCUACACAGCCAGUCCCGCAGAUGACCAUGUCAUGGUACCCAUGUAUCGUGAAUCUCCAGUCAUGGGUAACACACCGGGCUUACAUGAAGAUUCGAGGCCAGCUGUCCAACCAUCGGAACAGUACCACCCUUCGGCUACCCUGGCUGGACCGAGUGACUGGGAACAUGCGUCCCCAUCAAUCAUGGAUUGGAUGCAGGUGGCUGCCGAAGAUGAUGUUCCCACACCGGGAGUUGAACGCGAUUUCUCUGAUGAUCUCUUGACUCCGCGACAACACAAGGCUCCAGUUGAAUUGGAGGCUUCGACUUGCUACGACUCCGGUCUUGGGUUGUCCUUUGGCGCAAGUUCGUCUGCUCGUGAGUUGGUCGAGUUGCCUACGAGCACGCCUCACGAUGGCAGUGAUCAAACCACUAAGCGCAAGACUCUGCCCGAAAAUUCUUCGCUCACUACAACGCAUAGUAUUCGAAGUAGCCAAGAUUCCUCGUUCCCUCUUGCAGACUCCACAUCAUCGCCUCGAGCACCGGACUCGUCUGCGACAUCUCUAGCACCGUCAGCAGAACAAUCAAUGCGAGAGGAACCGCGCAAGACUCCGUCGCCAGAGCAGAAGCAACUGAAGAAGCGGCGAAACAUCAUCAAAGAGCUCAUAGAUACGGAAUACACUUUUGGCAAAGAUAUGAAAGUUGUGGACGAUAUCUACAAAGGCACUUCGUCCUCCUGCCUUGACUUGUCUGCCGAAGACGUCAAGAUCCUAUUCGCGAAUUCAGAUCAGAUUACCCAGUUCUCAUUCAAUUUUCAGGACACUUUGAAGCGAGCCGCUCGCAGUGUCUACAUUAUGCCAAAGUCUCAACGCUGGAGCAGCAAGCGUAGUGCGCGCAACGCCCGCUCAGCCACUACGUCGGAAGACCAAGCUGGCAGUGAUGCGGGCACGUCGGACCUUGAAAAAGAUCGCUCAACAGCCAUUGGGGAAGCCUUCAUGAUCCACAUGUCCCAGAUGGAGAAAGUGUAUUCUGAAUACUUGAAGAACCACGAUGCUGCGAACAAGAAGCUUGAAGUGCUCCAACGCAAUCCAAAAGUGUCUAUCUGGCUAAACGAAUGUCGAGAGUGGGCGUCAGAUCUGACCUCUGCGUGGGACCUCGAUUCACUUAUUGUCAAGCCUGUACAGCGAAUCCUCAAGUAUCCGCUUCUUCUCUCUGAACUCCUGGCCUCAACUUCUCCCGACCAUCCGGAUCGCGCCAGUAUUCAGAACGCUUUACAAGGAGUCACGGACAUCUCAGUCCGCAUCAAUGAGAUGAAGAAGCGUGCAGAUUUAGUUGUUCAAGUCGUUGGUCGGAAGCGCAACCAGUCCGAUCUGCGCCAGCAGGUCGGCAUAUCUGAAAUGUUCUCCGAUAAGGAGUAUGAUUACCUCUCACAGAAAUUUGGCGAGCAUUUCGCAGAGCUACAUGUGAUCAAGAAUGAUGUUUUGGUCUACAAGGAAGGGAUGCAACGAUCUGUUGCCCAACUUGGCGCUUGUGUCCAAGCAAUUGAGGGAGUGAUUGAUGUCUCUCAGUCCAGUUACCCCGAUUUGGAGCGAAAAUGGCGCCGUUUUAAUCACACUUUCCAAGAAAUUGUGACAGUUGCUCUCCCUGAACACCUUGAAAUGGUAACAAAGAGAAUCCAUGGCCCGUUUGAUUCCAUAAUAUGCCUCUACCAAGGACCCGAGCGAGUGAUGAGAAAGCGCAACAAGCGGCUUCCAGACUAUGCACGCUUCAAGGCCGCCAAAGACCGGGGUGACAAGCCCGACAAGAAAUCUACCGAACAAGGAGAGCAAUUCAUGGCAUUGAACGAGACUUUGAAGGAAGAGCUUCCUCAGCUUUUCGCCUUAACGGGUAAACUGAUGGAAGCGAUUCUGACAGACUUGAUCAAACUUCAAACGACAUGGUGGAGUCAGUUGCAGGCACGACUUGAAGAGCAUGUGGAUAACUUCCCAGACGACGUAGGACGAUUGGUCAAUGAGUGGACAAAUGAAAAUAGCUUCGCUGAAGCUCAGGUUCUCUCUCUUGGCGUCUGCAAUGGCUCUUUGCUCGCCGAAACCGUCAACCUGAUGAAUUUCAAUACCUCGUCGAAUCUGAAUUCGCCUCGUCGGCCCUCUACCAUGAACAGCUUCAAUGGCCGACCGGGAUCAUUAACAGAGGAGUCUCCUAAGUUGUCCAGCGACUUCAGCAUGGGCCAGCUUUUCCAGUCACCUAACAUGAGCAUGACUAGCGUGACCCGGCACCGAGCGGACUCUGCAUUCUCCGGACGUGCCCCGUAUUCAGAAACUCCGGAUCUGGGGCGCAGCCAACUACUACAGCAAGUCACCAAUACCAGUCGAUCCUCGUCGGACAUCCGAUCGAGUAUUGAACCGUUCCCUUCUCUGCCCAGCCUGAGUCUGGACGCGCCUUUCCUGACUGACGUGAUGAAUGUCUCAAAACUGGACGCCGAGCCGCAACCCAAUUCACCAACUGACCGAUUCUCCGGCUUCUUUUCUUCUGCUAUGCCCAUGUCAGACAACCCCCAGGAACCUGAAGCUCCUCGGGCCCCUCGAGGUCUUGCCGAGGGCGCCAAAGUCCUGUUCGUCGCAGCUAGUCUGUGCCCAUUCAAGAUUGACCCCCGAAGUGAAGCCGGAUAUCCGUACCUGAUCUACGACACCGGGGCUGUCUUUGACGUAUAUGGUGAAAAAGGCGAGCUCUGGCUAGCCUGCAAUCAGGAUGAGAACCUGGAUGCGCCCGGAAUGGACAGCCAUGGGCGGAGGCAGGAGAACGAGAGGACAGUCGGAUGGAUCUGGAGCAGGCAUUUCGUGAAGCUGGCAUGA